AUGGUCCACCACAGAGUCACUAUUAUCGGAUCCGGUCCAGCUGCCCACACUGCUGCCAUCUACUUGGCCAGAGCCGAAAUCAAGCCUACCAUGUACGAAGGUAUGUUAGCUAACGGUAUCGCCGCUGGUGGUCAGUUGACUACAACCACUGAUAUCGAAAACUUCCCAGGUUUCCCUAAUGGAAUCAACGGUACCACUUUGAUGGAACAAAUGAAGGAACAAUCUGAAAGAUUCGGAACUGAAAUCAUCACCGAAACCAUCUCUAAAGUCGAUUUCUCUGCCAGACCCUUCAAGUUGUGGACUGAAUGGAACGAAGACUCGGAACCAGUCACUACUGACGCUGUCAUUAUCGCUACCGGCGCUUCUGCUAAGAGAAUGCACAUCCCUGGUGAAGAAACCUACUGGCAACAGGGUAUCUCUGCUUGUGCAGUUUGUGACGGUGCCGUUCCUAUCUUCAGAAACAAGCCUUUGGCUGUCAUUGGUGGAGGAGACUCUGCAUGUGAAGAAGCCUUGUUCUUAACAAAGUACGCCUCCAAGGUAUAUCUCUUGGUCAGAAGAGAUGUUUUGAGAGCCUCUACCAUCAUGCAAAGAAGAGUGGAAAACAACGAAAAGUUGGAAAUCUUAUGGAACACCGAAGCCAAGGAAGCUAAGGGUGACGGAAAGUUGUUGCAAUCGCUCAGCAUCUUCAACAACAAGACCAACGUCACCUCCGAUUUACCAGUCAACGGUUUGUUCUACGCUAUCGGCCAUACCCCAGCUACACAAGUGUUUGCCAACCAACUUAAAACCGACAGUGAAGGCUACAUUGUUACCACUCCAGGUACAGCUGAAACUUCUAUUGAGGGUGUUUAUGCUGCUGGUGAUGUCCAGGACAAGAAAUACAGACAGGCUAUCACUUCUGCCGGUACCGGCUGUAUGGCUGCUUUGGACUGUGAGAAGUUCUUGAGCGAACAAGAGUAG